GGUCCGUCUUCAGAUUGUACCCAUUCGUUUGUGCACAGUGUAUGGGCCUUGGUGAAUCCGUGAUAUGACAAUAUUCCUGAUCCCAUUGCUUGUGCACAAUGUGCGGGCCUUGGUCAGUUUGUGAACCCGUAAUAUGGCAAUAUUCCUGUACCCAUUGCUUGUGCACAGUGCGGGCAAUAGUGCACCCAUGAUAUGGCAAUAUUCCUAUGCCCAACGCUUUGUUCACAGGAUACGGGCCACAGUGAACCCGUGAUUAUGACAAUAUUCCUGUACCCUAUGCUUGUACACAGUUUAUGAGAAGGCAGACCGUUACAUUUACUGGCCGUGGACCCAUGAUAUGGCAAUAUUCCUUUACCCGUUACUUUGUGCACAGAUUACGGGCAGUCGUGCUUUAUGCAUGGAGGCGAGCAAAAUUUAACUAGAGGUUGUAAUGAACACGAGGUUGAUAAUUUGACAGUCGGGCUCCUUGAUAUAUAAUAAACACGUAAAGGUAUUUACAUCAGUCACGUCUAGGAGCCAAGCAAAUAGUGAGCGAGCAGUUUUCACCGAAGUUUUGACGCUAAAUAAAUUUCCCCACAAAUAUUCAUUCCAGAAUGGAUCGCCUGUUGAGAUUAGGAAAUGGAAUGCCAGGGUUGGGGCAGGCUGGUGGAGCUAGUGAUGCACCAGUGGUUGACACAGCGGAACAAGUCUACAUCUCAUCAUUGGCAUUAUUGAAGAUGCUGAAACAUGGUCGAGCUGGUGUUCCAAUGGAAGUGAUGGGUUUAAUGUUAGGAGAGUUUGUAGAUGACUACACUGUGCGAGUUAUUGAUGUAUUUGCAAUGCCACAAUCAGGAACGGGGGUGAGUGUAGAGGCUGUUGAUCCAGUAUUCCAGGCCAAGAUGUUAGAUAUGUUGAGACAAACAGGGAGACCUGAGAUGGUAGUGGGAUGGUACCAUUCCCAUCCUGGGUUCGGCUGCUGGUUGUCGGGUGUCGACAUCAACACCCAACAGAGCUUUGAGGCCCUCUCAGACCGAGCCGUUGCCGUGGUCGUUGACCCCAUCCAGAGCGUCAAAGGCAAAGUUGUUAUCGACGCUUUCCGUCUGAUCAACCCUAACAUGAUGGUGCUCGGUCAGGAGCCUAGACAGACGACGUCUAAUCUUGGUCAUCUUCAGAAGCCAUCGAUUCAGGCUCUUAUACAUGGAUUAAAUCGGCAUUAUUACUCCAUUGCCAUCAACUACAGAAAGAAUGAACUUGAACAAAAGAUGUUAUUGAAUCUACACAAGAAGAGCUGGAUGGAUGGUCUGAUGUUGCGAGACUACAAUGAGCAUUGUAAGCUGAACGAGACGACAGUCAAAGAGAUGCUGGAUCUUGCUAAGUCUUAUAAUAAGGCUGUUGAAGAGGAAGACACCAUGACUAAAGAGCAGUUAGUGGUGAAGAACGUCGGCAAACUCGACCCUAAGAGACAUUUAGAGGAGCAUGUGGAGGUAUUGAUGACGGCUAAUAUUGUACAGUGUGUCGGUGCUAUGAUGGAUACAGUGGUCUUUAAAUAACUCAUAUUGGAUCGAGUCACUCAAGGGCCCUUUUCAAAUCCUCAGCUUUGGAUUCGGCUUCAGACUCCGUCCUUUGGUCUGAAGCCCUUAGCACAUAUGCAAAGCGCGCACAAAAAAAACAACCGCGGCGCCAAGUUAGCCUGAGCCGAAUCUUGAGCCGAAGCUGUGGUUUUGAAAAGGGUGAUAGUGCUGUAAAUAAACAUUGCAUUCGUGCAUCAGUACGAAUAAUGUGCUAAAAGAAGAAAUAUGGAAGCUGUACACAAAAGCCUUUUUCACACUUCUCUAUUCCCCGGGGGCAACCCAGGGGAAUAACGGUUUUCCUUUUCACACUAUGAUCUCUACCCCUGUCUGCCUCAGCAAAUGGGAAUGAUCCGGGAAUAGCCACCCCAGCUAUGCAGUAUGUUUUUUUUUAUUAUUGAUAUCCAACAGCGGAUAGCCGGUAUUGAAAUGUGCAACCUGAACCCUGUGGAAUAGGGACGCGGGUGGAAAAGUGCGCCGGGGUUACCGUUGGGGGAAAGAGUCCUAGGGCCUCCCCGGGGCUGUAUUCCACGGGGAAAGAGAUACAGUGUGAAAAGGGCUUUAGGGAACCUGUCAUCGAUUUCACCAAACUGUUUCUAACUUAGGAUUUAUCUUAGGACUUAGGAGCUAAGUUUAGUUCCCUAUUCAAAGAUGUAGCAUGCAUUGAACCCAUCCCAAGUUAGGACGGGUUACUCGUCCUAAAAUAAACUCGAGUUAGGAUUAAUCCUAGUGUUUUGUGAAAUCGGCUGCUGGACUUGGUACAACAAUUCUGUCUGCAAACCAAGCAUACAGCAGGGUUUAGUUUUACAUUUAUUCCAUGGCUUCGUAAAGUAGAAAACAAACUAAUUAAAAGUCUUUUGUAUUCUGCGUACUUUCUCGGGGUAAAUAUGGAAAUCUUUAAACAGUUUAUCGAACACUCCUUAUUCACUUAUGAUCAACACAGAGGACAUGGGUGUCGAGACAGUUUAACAUUGGAAUAACAUCAACUUGCCAAAGGGUAAUAAGGAAGCAAGUGUCAAGUCUUUACUUAAAAACAGGUCGGCAGCUCUAAGUAGGCGCUAGGUCGAUUCCACAAAGAUUGUCCUAACAUGGACUACAUGUAGUCAUAGGGCAGGGGUUAUUGAAAACAAAGGCUAGUCCUAAGUAAGGAUGAGUAACUCGCCCCAACUUACUCGUCCUAACUCAAGACAAGUUCUAACUAUUUGUGUUUCUAAAACCAAUAGUCACUGUCAAUUAAAAUUGUUUUUCAUUGGAGAUUUAACAAAAAAUCCC